GAUAAUAGAUAUGAGGAAGAAGGUGAAGUUGUCGCUCAUAGAAAAUGCAACGGCGAGGAGAAAAACAUUCCUGAAGAGAAAAGAAGGACUGCUGAAGAAAGUUAACGAGCUGGUGACUCUUUGUGAUGUCAAAGCAUGUGCGGUCAUCUAUAGUCCGUACCAAUCAACUCCGGAGGUUUGGCCAUCAAGGGAAGGUGUUGAAGAAGUAAUGUCAAAAUUCAUGGAGUGUUCGGUGGGAGAGCGGACCAAGAAUAUGGUGGAUCAAGAGGGUUUUGUAUGUCAAAGCAUCGCCCAAGAAAAUGAGCAAUUGAAUAAGCUGCAUGAGGAGAACCGAAAUUCUCAGAUUCAAGAUUUUAUGUUUGGUUGUCUUGAAGGGAAGAUGGAUGUGCGUCAUCUUGAUGGAAGGGAUAAGGGAGAUUUGAGAUCUUUUAUUGAAAAGUAUCUCAAUGUUGUUACUCACAAGAUUGAGAUCAUUACUAAGAAUGCAGCUGCCCCAAUCGAUUUGAAUCAAAAUCCUAACGUUGAAGAGCAUGAGGACAUUCUCUCCAUGGAAAACAAUCACCAAGAACCUGUAACCGCUCGUCUCGCUGCCCUCACCAUUGCUGAUGCUGAUGUUUCUGCUCCUAACAACACCAAGACGCUUUAGUCUAAGAGAUUUAUUCCGAGUGAAGUGAUUGAUUGUUUGCAUUUUCUGUUUUAUUUCCAUCUUAGAAGACAAAAUUCAUAUAAGAUGUCUUCUUUU